UUCACGUCUCAAUAUCUUCCUAUAUUUCAAAGGAAUACCAACUUAAGUUUCAUACCCUUAAUUCUAAGGUAACAAAAUGCAGCAAUGUCCAUUAAAAUUACCUAAAGAAUUGAAGAUACAAAGUAAUGGAGGAAAGCAAGAAAAUGAUGAUGAUGAUGAUGAUGGUGUUGAACCGGUAUCGCCCACUGGACAAUACUUAAACAGCAAAGCCUUAAACUCUUUUAUUCUUGCCAUUCUUGAAUCUCAAGUUCCUAUUGAUUAUUUAUAUGUAUCUACACAACUUCGUCAUUUGCUCCUUCCCAUAAACACUAGAUUUUCAUCUAUUAUGGUAUUGGACAAGAAAGGUGUAAAACAAUGGAAAAGAGUUGAAAUAAAGCUUGAAGAUCACAUAAAAAUACACAUCUUCAAGGAUGGAUUAUCAAUAGAAUCAUAUGACAAUUACUUAGAUGAAUACCUAACAAAAUUAGCAAUGGACCCAUUACCACAAGAUAAGCCUUUAUGGGAAUUUCACAUAUUCAAUUACCCAACAAGAAAUGCACCUGCCCAUGCCAUUUUCAAGCUUCACCAUGCCCUUGGAGAUGGCUACUCUUUGAUGGGAAGUCUUCUUUCUUGUGCUCGACGAACCGAUAAUCCUUCUCUUCCCUUAACCUUCCCUAUACCGAAAACAAAAACAAAUGAUCCUGUUAAGCUUAAGGGAGGUUGUAUGAGUUUGCUACCCAAUACUUUGUGUGCUAUAUGUGAAACUGUUGCUGAUUUUGGAGCCAGUUUUGUCAUACCUUCUUGGAAUGAGGAUGAUAUAACUCCCAUUAGGAAUAUAAAAGAGGAGAGCAAUUUCAAAUACCCUCUCCAUAUAUCUACUCUUGGAUUGUCUUUGGAUCAAAUCAAACUUAUCAAAACAAAACUUGGAACUACAGUAAACGACACAGUUUCAGGCAUAUUGUUUCUGGGUAUUCGACUAUACAUGCAAGGGUGUGACAUGAAAUACAGGAAAUCAAGAUCAACAGCAAUGGUGAUGUUCAACACAAGGAAUAUAAGAGGUUACAUGUCUGUUGAAGAAAUGAUUAAUGCAAAUACAAAAAUAUGGGGGAAUAAAUUUACAUAUUUGCAAAUAAAAUUGCCUAAAUUAAUUGACAGUAAAUAUUUAAAUCCUCUUGAUUUUGUGUAUGAAGCAAAAAAACAGAUUGCCAGGUGCAGAAAUUCACCCAAAAUUCAUCUCAAUGUUAAACGCCUCGAGUUCUUGAGAAAACACAAAGGAUCUGAGGCAGCAGCUGAAAAGAUCCGUAGUAAAUUAAAACAAUCAAGCAUGGCAAUCACAAACAUAGUAGGUCCAGUUCAACGAAUUUCAUUGGCCAAUCAUCCAGUUAAAGGGAUGUACUUUAUGCCUACAGGUUGUCCUCAGAGCUUGGUAAUAACAAUAAUGAGUUACAUGCAAACACUGAGAAUUGGAUUAGGCAUUGAAAAGGGCUUCAUUGACUCAGAGAAGUUGAAGUCAAGUAUCCAAAAAGCUUUUGAGUUGAUUUAUGAGGCAGCUACCAAAUCUUCAUAAGGAUUCAAAUAAUGAUACAAAUAAUAAAUAAUAUAUACU